CCUCUCGCACCUCGCUUCACCGAGCGCGCCUCAUCGUCCACCCGUCAACUCCGCCAAGAUGCGCUCCUCUACGGCGGCCUCGCCUUCACCCUCCUCAGCGCCCUCGUAACACGCCGUUCCCUCGCGCGAAAACACAUUGCUGCCUAUCCGCAAAUGAUCAAGACUCCCAUUCCCUCCCCUUCCGGAACGGGCACCGCGAAAACCCAGCUCUCCCUCCCCACGUUCACUCCCUCCAACAUACCUCCCAAAGUUGAAGGCGGCCUCGAUGCAGCCGAAGCUCUCGGUCUGGCUACUCUUUCGGUCUUUUCGGUCUUUAUGGCCGGGACAGGGUUGUUCAUGAAAUGGAAUAAUAUUGGCGAUGUAGAGGAUCUUCGCGAUUGGGUCCGAGCUGGAGUCGGGUAUGAUGUUUACGGAGGAGAGACAGAAGCUGACAAGGAGAUUGAGGCUUGGAUGGCGGAGGUUUUGGCUCGGAAGGAUGGGGUCGGCGAUUUGAAGACGAGUGUGUUGGAGAAGAUGCAGGAGUUGGCGGAGAUCGACAAGAAGAAGUAUCAGGCAGAGAAGGAGGCGAGGGACGUAGGAGCUGGGACGAGGGAGAAGAAGUGAUGGAUUUGUUCUGGAAAUGGUUUUAAUCUCUACUCUACGAAAAAGGAUAUGUCUGGGUUUCCCCUCUGCCUUACAAUGGAUAUGUCUGGGUUUCCCCUCUGCCUUACAAUGGAUACGUCUAGGUCCGGGUGCGCUAUACAGACGUCUUGAUAUAUGCCAGGUGCAUGUCAGUGUGCGGAUCGACCACCGGUCCACAGCAUAGAGCCUGGAAAUGCAUCUUCUUCCUGCAUGGACUUUCAGAUGAAACCGAGCAGGAGACGAAUCGUAUCCCGUCUGCGGGCUCGUCCUCCGAGAGUACCACAUUGACUGGUCCCUUCGUUUUUCAGAGAGGCUUCCGGUAGCUCUCUCCGGUCGUCUCAGUCGACACCAUCGUCCUACGAUGUCAGUGAUAAGGAAUGAAGCUAUCUCACGGCUCACAUGCUGCUUGGACUGCGAAACGAGUACUCUUGUCUCUCCCUGUCUCUUUUUCUUCCUCUUUAAGCCUGGAAUCCUGGUCCCCACGCCCCCGGUCAUGUUACCAAGCUCGCCCGAUCAUCUCUGAUGCUAAGUCACCAGCGCAGACUCAUUGCGCUUGCACUGUCGACUGUUCAGGAUAGCGAUAGAGCCACAUUGCGCACGAUCUGAGUUUAUUGCUCUCACCCAAAACAUGCCCACGAGCCGGAAAUUGGCGCUGUGCGACUACGCAUUUGAGCUGGUCCAAGAUAUCAGACGUUUCCAGCUCUAUCCUGAGUACAUGCUUGCAUCACGACCGCGCCUGAGUUCGACUGAGCAAAUGCAACAAACAGAUCGUUGCUAAGCCGAUACAAAGCAAGAGGAUGCUUCCCAUUGGGACUGUGUAUCAGCUGUGAAGAAUCACUGGCUCCUGUGCAGAAGCAAAACAACGUUUGGGAUGUCCUCUUGGUCUUCUUUUUCGUGAUCAUAUCAUUGAUAUGGAUGAAUUUGUGUCUGGCAAUGAACCUGCGGCUCGCGCUUCGAGUAUUCUGAGAAUCGCACUCUCCCGACUCUUGCUGGACAAUCCAGGUCCUCCAUUUCAGCCACGAAGGAUUGCAUUACAUUGCAGGUACCUGUUUCCUGCUCGUGGAGAAUAUCGUCUGCUAAGUUUAAGACUGCGGUGUCGUCAUUUGUACACUAUAUUGUCUCAGAUAUGUACGACGGGCAGAUCAUGCUCAAUUGAAGGAAUGGUCGGUUAUUGAUCUUGUGACAUGCUCACAGGUUGUCAAACUUGGUACGUAUACCUGCGAGCAACGUGCGCACAAACCCCAUGAUGGAUCGUCAAGAUCUUGGGAUCAACUGCUUUCCUGGGGCGAGGUUACCUUCUCUGUAAGCACGAGUUGUCGUGUCAGCAAGAGCAUACAACAUUUCCUACCUCAGAAGGCACGAAAUCUGUCAUGUCAAGAGCGAUACUGAGCCCUUCUCGAGCACUCCAUGUACUUGACGAGCAUGUCGCUCACUGUGAGGCUCACCAGCUUCAUGUUCCUGAAAUUUCCAGCUUCUGCUGCUUCUCCCCGUUCGAGUGAGAACAUAACACUGUCUCCAGGAACCCCAGGCGCUGGUGAAUGGAACGAAGCCAUCCAGAAGGGCCGAUUACGACACGCGCUCCUCGAUUCACCUCCUACAGGUAUAGAAAUGUCUUCCUUCGCCGCGUAUAGCGACCUAGCCAACAAUGGCUGGAAGUCCACUCUUCUCCUCGACCAAAGCUGGGAGUUGGAAAGCGAUGUCUUCGAUGCUAUCGCCAAACAUUUCCAGAUACAGCAGAGCAAGAUCACGAAGGUAGACAGCCUGCACGCCGGCACUGGUGCCGCGUAUCGAGGAUGGCACUCAGCAAGUCCCUAUGUCAUCUUUUCGAUGGACAACCACAGUCCCAGAGCUCGAAUGAGCGGCAAGAAGAUACCAGAUCUAGAGCAUUGGUCUGAUGUCACUUUUCUCGUCCAUCAACAAUGCCUUGCUGAACAGAACGACGUCGCCGGAAUGACUAAAUUGAGCUUGAUUGUCAGUGGCAAGAUCAAUAAUAGAGCGGACAACGAUAUCAUAAACAUCGUUAUCCGCGAGAUGGGGAUCCAAUCAACAGAAGUUUCCCAGACGCUAGCAUUCCCCGGCGAGCCUGUCGAAUCCGAAAGCCCUUCCUUUUUCGCCCUCCUCGGAACCGCAAAUGGCGGCGGCAUUGCGAGGUUCUUGAGCGACCACAAGUCAUCACUCGGCUGGAAAUGUAUCAAAGACAUCACGAUUGUAUUUGAUCCCAAGCCUUGUCUUGGUAUUGACCUGAAGACUAAGAAGCGUCCGACUGCGUAUUGGCUCUUGUUCCAAAUCGACGAUCAUCCCAACUCCCCCGCGAAGCAAAGUGAUUAAGCC